AUGGCGGGCUUCCACGGGCGGCAGGGCUUCCACCGCCGCCACGCCCACAGACAGUGGGGUCCCCCGCCGACUCCUCCCCACUACGGCGGCUUCUCUGGUUACGCUCUCCCUCCCCCGUAUCUCUCCACCAUUUACCAGCCGGGAUGGAGCUAUGGCCCCCCCCAGCCCAUGCCUCCCGCUCCUUCUCCUCCUCCGAGUACUCCUCGUCUGGGGACCGAGAUCGUCACCCUCCUUCUGCGGACGCAGAUCGAAUACUACUUCAGGUACCCCUCUCUCCGUCUCUGUACCGAUUUCGAUGAUCGCCGAUCUUGCGCCUGGAUCCAUUAACGACGGACUGGAAUCUGCGCAGCGAGGACAAUCUGGCGAGAAACGUCCACCUGAAGAUGCAGAUGGACGAGGAAGGCUGGGUGAGCGUGCAUACCAUCGCCAGCUUUCCGAGGGUAAGCGACUGUCAUUCCGACUGCUGCCGCCGAUUUCUCUUCCCUUGGAUCUCCGUGGGGGGUUGAACCAAGGCAUUUCCUCGCAGGUGAAACGGCUGACGAACGACGUGGUGCUCAUACUGCGGUCGCUGCAGCCUUCUCCCACCGUGGAGGUGGAGGUGAUGGUGAGUCUUCCGACCCUGGAUCUGGAAACCUGAUCGAACCUGUGGAUUUUUUGUCUAGUUCGGCUGAUGUGUGCGUCGAUCUUGACUUCGCAGGAUGGCAAAAUGAGGAGGAGGGGGACGUGGAAAAAGUGGCUGAUUCGAAGGUAG